AUGGCCGACGGAUCGGGCGAACCGACCAUAGAACAGCUGGGUGACCUACUCAUUCGUAUGGGGUUGUCGCCUCGGUAUGAAGGGAACUGUCCAAUGGAACAGAGAAACGCUACAGAAAGUCUUCCGAAACUAUGCGUCCCUGGGUAUCACCAGUGCGUCGCCCGCGCGUCCAUCCCAUAUCUCGUGAGUGCAUUAACGGCUGAGCACCUCCAAUUGCAGCUCGAAGACAGCGCACCGGCAUCCGAUCGGGUCAAACUGAUCGCUGCCAUGCUCAUCGCCCAUUAUUCACUACUGAGCAUGUACUUAGAGGACGACCAACUUUGGACAGAUGGAAAUUUCGAAUUGGUCUAUGAAGAGCCUGCGGAGCGACAGAUACAUCGUGUCGCAUGUCUGAUGAACGGAAGAGCUAAAAAUAUGCUGGACUGUGUCCUCCAACUAAUCGUCAUAACUAAGCUGUGGUGGUGGCAAAGUGGAAGCAACGAACGGGUACCGGGCGCCAAGUAUCGGCGACUACUGGCUGCGUGCGAGCUGGACUUGACAAAAGACCUAGAAACCAUCCUGUGUGUUGGACACUGGGCUAGCACGCUUCGCAUUCUCAGCCUGCGGGGGAUUGCAACUCGCGAUCAUUUUGUGUUGUGGAAACCCCUUGGCGAUGAAGCACUCGUCAAGACAUUGGUUGUGAAAACUGUGGGUUUACCAGUUGGGGUCUGUCAUCUCACGUUCUGUGCAUACGUAUUUCGGUUAUUCUUGCAAGCCAUUCCUCGAGACUACGAUAUUCCAUUGUCAAUUCUACAGAUAAUGUCAGAUACUGUUGACGCAUACACCACGUAUGAAGCGAACCCGGCAGUGUUCCAUCCGGAUCCGCGACACUUGACAGGCGUUAACGAUUUAAAGGAGUGGCACGAUGAGUGUGCACGUGCCCCGUUGGGGCUUGCCUUACCGAUUGUACGGAAAUGUUUUCGGCUAUCCACUGAGGCCAGUUGUGUGUUCAAUCGAAUUCCGGAAGAACUGGACAGCCAACUGGCAUUUUAUAGUGCAUCCUUUUCGGAUUGGUGUCAGUCACACGGCAGACGGACGAUCGAACUGUGCGCUAAUUCGGAAGAACAGCUUUGUUUCUAUGGUUUGUCGGUCGGCGAUACAUUGUCUACAAUCCAGCAC